AAAGGGGACUCCUCCCUCUGUUCUUCUCCCUUCUCUCUCUCCACUGUCAUCUGCUGCCGUCGUCGGCGGGCAGAGAGAGAGAAAGAGUGUGUGUGUGUGUGAGAGAGAGAGAAAGAGAGAGUGCCAGCCAGAGGGAGAUUUUCUAGGGUUUCGAGGAGAAGGGAGGGAGGAAGAGGAAGAUCGGAAGGAUUCGACUUUGCGUUUGGAGGAUCUUUCUGGGCUUGACGCCACCUCUUUCCGGCUCGCUUUUCGCCGGAUUCCUGCUUGGCGGGAAGGAGAUUGUCGGGCAGAUGUACUGUCAUUGUUGCAUGAGAACUAUUUCUUGGAUGUAACUAGUGAGAGACUUUCGAUGCUCGGUCGUCUGCCUACUGCGCCUAAAGCUGACUUCGAAGCUUACAGCUUUAAUGCUUGUUCGUUCUCCAUCACUUUCUCUCACCGUGGAAUGGGUACUGGCACCACUAGGUGUUAUUAGGGGAGAAAAUGAAAUCCGAUUCACCACUUGAUUAUGCAGUAUUUCAGCUGUCACCAAAGAAGUCAAGAUGUGAGUUGUUUGUUUCUGGGGAGGGGAAAACUGAAAAGCUUGCAUCUGGGCUUCUUAAACCUUUUGUCACCCAUUUACGGGUAGCUGAAGAGCAGGUUGGUCAGGCAGUUCAGACGAUAAAGCUGGAAGUGCAGAAAAAUCAAGAAAGUGGAACAUGGUUUACCAAAGGGACACUAGAAAGGUUUGUUCGGUUUGUUAGCACACCUGAAAUCUUAGAACUGGUCAAUACAUUUGAUGCAGAGAUGUCCCAGCUUGAAGCUGCUAGAAGAAUAUACUCACAGGGGGCAGGAGAUCAGCUCCAUGAUGCAAUGGAUGAAAACGAAGCAGCUGCCACUGCAGCAGCAGAUACAUCUAAAAGAGAGCUCUUGAGAGCAAUAGAUGUGCGAGUUUUGGCUGUCCAACAGGAUCUGAACAUGGCAUGUGCUCGAGCUGCAGCUGCAGGUUUCACUUUGGAAAAUGUUUCUGAGCUUCUCCUGUUUGCUGAGCGUUUUCGUGCUCAUCGUUUGAAUGAGGCUUGUAAGAAGUUUAUUUCCCUGUGCCAGAGGCGUCCUGAGCUGUGCCCAUGGAAAAGGGAGACUGAUCGUGAAGUCAGAUCUUCUUCUGGGUCAGACAUGUCCAUUGAUGACCAAACAUUGGAUCCCGAGAUACAGUCAACCCAGGCAACUGAUGUGGCCCAUGUUAAUCAGCCAACUUUGAAACCUGUGGAGCUGAUGACUGCUGCCACAGCCCCCAGGGACGCAGCUCUUCCUGUGACGACCUCCAUGAUGCAACAAAGCAAACCAGCCUCAUCUAAUGUGCUGCGACCUGCACGGGGCUUCUUAAGACCAGAGCCUGGAGGGGAGAAGGAUGUGGCUGAAGACAUUGUUGUGAAUGCCAAAGAUAAGAAGGAACCAACACCAUCUCCACCGCCUGAGCCCAUCCAGCAACCAGCUCGACGACUCAGUGUGCAAGACCGAAUCAACCUCUUCGAGAGCAAGCAGAAGGAGCAGUCAGGAGAGAUGGGCAAGAACAAGGGUGGUGGCAGUGGUCUUUCAGUCAAGUCAGACUUUCGCCGGCUUUCAACUGAUUCUAGUGGUAUCUCCGCUUCAGUUGAGAAGUCAGUUCUUCGAAGAUGGAGUGGCGCCAGCGACAUGAGUAUUGACCCAAGGGAGGACAUUCCUUCACCUUCAUCAUCAGCCAACACAAAUAACCAAUUCGACUAUGCUCGGCUGCAAGCAGGUGUAUCCUCUGUGGUUAACUAUGAAUCGAAGGUGAAAAAUCAGCCUAGUGAUGCAACUCACCUAGGGAUACCAGUGGAUGGUAUUGCAGCAAGGGAUAUAGGGGAAUCUUGGGUGCAAUCUGGAGUUGACAGUAGGCCAAGAGGCUUGGUUAUGCCACGGUUGCGAUCUGGGUCUUUGUCAGCUGGAGAAGAAGCUGCUGAUCCAAGGGCUGCCUCUUCAAAUAUGCCAUCCAAACCUGUCUUUUACGGUAGAGGAGAGGACAUGAGGACUGAUAAUCGAUUGCGAGAAUCAUCAAUUUCACGUUCUCAAUCUGGCUCUUCUUUUGGUGGGGAAGAGGAAUCUGAAACAAAACCUUUGCCUGUGAUCACUCAUUUCAAGGCCUAUCCCACCAAGCCUGAAGAUGCUGAGGCAAAGGCUACGCUUACAAAUACUCAGCUCAAAACCUUCCCAAGCAGGACUGAAGACUUUGCAAUUCCUAAAGCUGCUGCAUUUCCCACCCAGUUUAGGGAUCCCUUUGGAAAUGUGCAAGAUGUUGGAACCAUGGUGCCAGCAUCUGUGGGACAGGCAAAACACUCUGCUGGGAAGAUGGAAGGUUUUGGGUCCAAACUUCCCCCUGUUCAAACUCAAAUUGGUGCUUCAUUCAGCAAGGGUGCAGACGGAGGAAGUACCAGUCCUGCAGUGCGGAUGCAGCCAGUUAACUCUCCAGCUGGCAGUGUGGCAGGUGGUGGAAGAAAAACUCCAGUAGUUUUACCACAGCUGAGAGCUUCUUUGGGUAGGAAAGAUGACCGUGAACUAAAAGAAGGUCCAACAACAGUCCGAACCAACUCCAGAAGUGUUUCAAAUCAGAGUAUGGAUGGGGGUACAUCAGAGUCGGGUAGCUGGGAGAUGAAAUUGCAGAGACAAGCCUCUGUUCCAGAAAAGAAUAAGGUUCCUUUGUAUAAGGAAGAAAGUACAAACAUGCCUACACCUGGAUCAGGUAGAAGACUGUCAGAAAACCAUGGAGCAUUGGAUCCGUCACAUGGGAGAGUGACUGGAAAUUUGGAAAUGGCUGGAACCGCAACUGUCUCUGCUGAGUCGACUCAGAAGAUGAGGCAGUCAAAGGGUAACCAGGAAAGGAAUGAUGAGCUUGAGAUGAAGGCCAAUGAGUUGGAAGCACUUUUUGCUGCGCACAAGCUUAGGGUUCCUGGUGAUCAGUCUGGUGUUGGACGGAGGAACAAACUCGUUGAUGAUCAACCAACUAUCAGCAAGAGAUCAACAGUUCUGGCUGGUAAUCUGCAGUUGCAAGAAAAGGUGGUGCAAAAUCCUGUAGUGGAUGCUGUGCCUGUGGGAAAUGCUGGUGCUGUGAAGGUGGAUGUUGAUGUAAAGCUAAUGAAGAUGGCUAGCUCUGAAGAACACAGCGAGCCCACAAGUCACUUACCAAAUGUUUUGGGGCCUUUGGUUGAUUCAAGGGGACUGUUCUAUGAUAGGUAUAUGCAGAAGCGUGAGGAAAAACUCAGGUCAGAGCCAGCCAAUAAGCGGGCACAAAGAGAAGCUAAAUUGCAAGCUAUGCAACAAAGCUUAGAGAGAAGCAGUGCCGAAUUGAAGGCAAAAUUUGCAAGCCCUGUUAGCAAGAGAGAUCCAGCUGCCCAUGCUCGUCAACGGAUAGAAAGGCCUGUGUCCUAUGCUCAAGCAACCAUGAGAUCCAGGGAACGGCAGGGAGAUGACUCUGAAAGUGAAGAGGAUUUAAUCGAAAACUUAGAAAGUAUACUUUACAGACAAGGUGGCACUCUAGAAACUCAACAAGCUCAUGGGGAACCUGUUUUAGAUGACAUAUCUUUGAAAGUCAGUCAGGCCAAGAGAUCCCUGCAUAACAGAAGUUUGUCCUUGUCAACACCUCGAACUACUGGGCCAAGGGCCAUAUCUAUUAAACCAUCAAAUUCUAGUGUUGGAAAUUACCGGAGCCAGGCAGAAAGCACCCUUGCACAGUCAGUGCCGAGCUUUUCUGACGUCCGGAAAGAGAAUUCAAAACCAUCAACAGUGACAAGUAGGGGUUCAGGUCGUUCUCAAGUUCGAAGCUAUGCUCGCAGCAGGAGCACUAAUGAGGAUAACAUGAUGAAGAAGGAUGAUAAACAGAGGCGUUCACAGUCUAUGAGGAAAAGCUCUGUGGGUCUUGGAGAGAUGAAAGAUGUUUCAUCUCUUAAUGCUGAUGCAAUUUCAUUGACACCAUUGAGAUUUUCCAAGGAAGAAGCAGAGAACAACAGACCUGUCAAGAAUACUGCUAAAACCUUCCUGCGAAAAGGUAAUGGAAGAGGUGCAGGUGCUGGGCCUGGUAUUGCAAAAAUGAAGGCUUCAGUAGCUACGGAAAGUUUGAAAAAUGAGGACACUGAAUUCAAUGAGCAAUCUGGUGCAGAUAUUGAUAAUGAUGAAGAAGAGGUUGAUGGUUCAUCGUUUGAAAAAUCUCUCAAAGAUGCUGAUUUUCAUGCUGAUUCUGAUGAUGACAAAGCUCAGAUAAGCCAGGGAUCUGAAAAAUCUGGAGAUUUUGAAUGUGAGAAUGGUGACACUGUACCCUUAAUUUCUGAAAUCAAUGAUUCAGCAGUGACACUAUCUUCUGUUUCUGCUCAUUUUAAUCCUUCUUUGGGUGCUCCACGUGAUUCCCAAGGAGAAGAAAGUCCUGCAUCCUGGAACUCACGUGUACAAAAUCCUUUUUCUUACGGUCUAGAAGCAUCUGAUGUUGACACAUAUAUGGACUCACCAACUGGAAGCCCUGCAUCAUGGAAUACCCAUCCUUUGGGCCACCUUGUGGAGGCGGAUGCAGCUCGGAUGAGGAAAAAAUGGGGAAGCACUCAGAAGGCAAUUCUUGAAGGAGCUGCCUUACAGCAUUCACGCAAGGAUGUCAAAAAGGGUUUGAAGCGGCUUCUUAAAUUUGGAAGGAAGAGUAAAGGAUCAGAAAACUUGGUGACAGAUUGGGUGUCAGCUUCCACCACUUCUGAGGGAGAUGAUGACACCGAAGAUGGGCGUGAUCUGGCUAGUCGAUCAUCAGAAGACCUGAGAAAAUCAAGGAUGGGGUUCUUGCAGUCUCAACUUGUAUGUGAUGGCUUCCAAGAAGGAGAAUUUUUCCAAGAACAAGAAUCAAUCCAAUCCUUGCGGAGUUCAAUUCCUGCACCUCCGGCAAACUUCAAACUGAGGGAGGACCAUUUAUCUGGAAGCUCUCUAAAAGCACCUCGUUCAUUUUUCUCACUGUCAAACUUCCGCAGUAAGGGAAGCGAGUCCAAGCUUAGAUGACAAUCGAGGAUCAUGGCAGACAUCUCAUUUCCGGUAGGUUACAAGGUCCGAGUACAUAUGUAAGAUUCCAUUUCAUAGCUUCGAUACAUGUAUCAUUUUCCUUUUUGUUUAUGUCCACCCUUAGCACAGGAAACUUCUACGUGGUAGUAAAGGGCUGCAAGCUAUUGUUUUUUUCUUGCGGUGUCUUGAAGAAAGUUCGUGGUAAUUGCUGUAGAAUGUAUGUGUCAAACCGUGCCAAUUGGUGCCGAUUUAUUGUAUGUCUGCUGUAAUUGAACAGUGCAGGUUUUCUUUUUUGGCU